GUGAAGUGGCCGCCGGAGUAAUACCCGCCCCUCCGAGAAACCGCCAUCAUGAAAUCAAAAACAAGAAACUGACAGUCAUCACCAGACCAACACAGGAUAGACUGAUACUUGUGCAGACUGAGGCAGAUAUGAGUGACGUGGCGGAGGAAGCGAUGGACAGCUCUGCGGUCUCAGAGGAGGAAGUGGAGGACCAGCGGGAGUUGUCACAGGAAGAGUCUAGUCCAAACAAAAGCCACCCCAAAAUACCAGCUGGAGGUGAAAUCAUUGAGGGCAAACGGGCGAAGAAGACAGUCGAGAGGCUCGAUUUCCAGGCACCCAAGCAAAAGGAGAAGCUCAAGAUUGGAGAUGGCAGUGGAGAUAAAUUGGGAGACAUUCCACGCACCAGCUUCCAGAUCACGAAGAUGAAGCCAGCUGAUCUGAAACCUCUGCACACCAUCUUGUUCGACAGACCUGGAAAGAUGGCCACAAUGAAGAAGAACCUGCGUCUGUUUAACGGCUUUCCCUUUGACGCUGACAGUGAACAGUAUACCAAAAAACGAGAAAAACUUCUCAAGAAUUCACAUUUUACCAACACUAAGCUAAAAGCUGUCUGUGGUGUUUUGGACCUGGAGAAGAAAGGAACCCACACAGAUCUGGUUGACAGGAUCCUGACUUUCCUUGUCGCACCAAAGAACAGCGGGAAGCGUGUGCCUAUAAAGAAAAAGAGGAAGUCAAAGAAGAAACUGACCGGUGACGACUCAAAUGCAAAGACCAAGAAGAAGAGCAAAUCCAAACCCCAGAGCUCGUCAUCUAGUCCCAAAAAAUCCAAAACGGGAAGCAAGUCCAAAGCCAUUGUCAUGGACUCCAGCAGCGACGACGAUGACGAUGAGGAAGACGAGAAGGCGGGGGCUUCAGCUGAGGCCGAGGGAUCAGAUGCAGAAGAGAAACAGUCAGAGAAAGAGGAGGACCAGUCUGACAAAUCAGACCAGUCUGAAAACAAAGAAGAGGAGGAGGAAGAGGAAGAUGAUGAGUCUUCCAGAUCAAAGUUGGCCAGAGGGAAAUCUGCAUCCAAGAAAUCAGCACCAGUAAAAAGACAGAGGACACCAGCAAAGAAGACAGGGCCUCCAAAGAAGAGAGUGAGGAAGGAAGACGUUUCAGACGAGUCCGAGUCUGAGGUCAACAGUGAGACUAAUGAGAAGCCUAAAAAGAAGAGAGCAGCUCCCGCCAAACCGGCUGCCAAAACAAAAAAGGCUGACAGUAGCAGCAACAGCAAAAACACAAACGCAGCAGAGGACAGUUCAGAUGACGACGAGCCACUCAUCAAUAUGAUUAAAAAGGCGCCGACUGAUGAACAGCUGAAGGAGACAGUGCAGAGCCUGCUGAAGGAGGCCAACCUGGAGGAGAUGACCAUGAAACAGAUCUGCCAGAGGGUGUUUGACACCUUCCCAGACCACGACCUGGCCAGCAAGAAGGACUACAUCAAACAGACCGUCAAAUCUCUCAUCACAUGAAGAAUAAUGUGGAGCCACUGCAAAACUUCAUGAGGGAAGAACUUCGGCAGAAAUGCCUGAAAAGCUCCUUUUUCAUGAGUUUCAUUCAUAUCAUAGCUUCACACCGAGCUGUUUUUUAUAUGAUUGUUUUUUAACAUGUGACUCAUGUAGAUUUUCAGAUUAACUCAACAGUGUCAGCUUUUUACAUGCGUCAGACUAACUGGACAACAGGACAUUUCUUAAAGUCGAGGUGAUUCUCAAAAACUAACCCUGACGUGUACAUUUCCUGGGUCCUUGCUAAUGAAAACAGAUUCUCUACCCUGACACACAACUUGGAUUAUUAGAUUUUAUGCUGUUGAGGUUAAUUAGUAAAAUUCAAAGAAAAAUGCAUCUUUAAGUAAAGAAAACCUUUUGCAGGUCAGAAUGAAGAGCAAUGGUGGAAAUGUUGGAAGAAUAAAUAGCAUUUUCCUUUAUUUAAAGCCCAGUUUAACAAAUCUGAUCUUU